UGAGUGCCCUAUAAAACUCAAUUCCACACAUAAAAAGCAAUUCCUCUGCAAAAAUUCCCUUUUCCUCUUCACACUUUGCAAAGCAAGAAAAACUUUCCCAACUCAAAUUACGCAGGCAGGAGGAUCCAAUCUUUCUCUCAGGAAUCGCUUAUGGCUUCGAAGCGGAUCUUGAAGGAGCUCAAGGAUCUUCAGAAGGAUCCUCCUACCUCUUGCAGUGCUGGUCCAGUUGCGGAGGACAUGUUUCAUUGGCAAGCUACGAUAAUGGGCCCGCCAGAUAGUCCGUACGCCGGUGGAGUUUUCUUAGUUACCAUUCAUUUUCCUCCGGACUACCCUUUCAAGCCUCCCAAGGUUGCUUUCAGAACAAAAGUUUUCCACCCAAAUAUCAACAGCAAUGGAAGCAUAUGCCUCGACAUAUUGAAGGAGCAGUGGAGCCCUGCCCUAACCAUUUCUAAGGUGUUGCUUUCGAUUUGCUCUUUGUUGACGGACCCAAACCCCGACGAUCCUCUGGUGCCCGAGAUUGCCCAUAUGUACAAAACAGACAGGUCUAAGUACGAGACCACUGCAAGGAGCUGGACUCAGAAAUAUGCCAUGGGCUAACCCCCGUGUCUUGGUAUGGAAGAGGGAAUUUUCCUUUACCUACAAAUACUCGUUCGUCUUUUACAUUAUAUAUGUUUGAAACAGAGUCUAAUCUAUCUUUCAAAUCCUAAAUCUGGACUAAAUACACGUCCAAUAUGUAUUUUGCCCCACCGAAGAAAGAAAAAAAGGACGCGUGUUGCUUUCAAACUGUGUUUGUAUGUGUAGUUGAUCUUUCGAAAGUUGUUUCCAACAAUUAAUAUAACUCCCCUUGUUAUCUCGAUUGCUCCUGUUUGAAAAGAUGAAAGUCGGUUUUUUUUUC